AUGUGUACGUCCAUUAUGGCUGGUCGACUGAGCAAUCCGGCAGAACGCGAUAUUCUUCUUCUGGGAUCCCAGACAGGAGUGAUAGCAUAUGAUGCGUAUGAUCAUUUUAUACUGUUACUAUUCCAGAUGCCAGAUGGAGUCAACGCAAUGCUGAUUAGCGAUCAGUUAGGAACAAGAGAUCACCCCAUCGUUGUGAUCGGUGGUCGCUGUUCUAUUGUUGCACUGAAUGAGACGGGAGCGGAAGUGUUUUGGACAGUGACGGGGGAGUCGGUGAUGUCAUUAACUGUGAUAGAGUCAGAAAUACCAUUGGACACGACAGAAGAACCAUCAAAUCAACUGGUUGUCGGAUCAGAAGACUAUCGAAUUCGAAUCAUGCAGAAGAAUGCAAUCCGCCAGUUCGGGCAGGGAGGCGGUGUCAAGGCAGAUUUGGUAAGGUCGUUAUCCGACUCUCGAGGUUUUCUGACCACUUCAUUUGAGAGCUGA